GCAUUCAUUUCUCUAACGCCUUCUCCUUUGUUUCAAAAUUCUCUUACAUUUUUAUUUGUCUCACUUUCUCCUUCAUUUAUUUCACAUAUACACUUAUAGUCACACAAAUAUAUAUAAAGAAAAAACAUCUAUAUGGCGGAAUUGGAAUAUCGCACAGGUUCUAAUACUAGUGGACGAUUAAAAUUAUUUGGUUUCAACGUUAUAGAGGAUCAGGAACAAGAGGUUGAGUCUACAAAAACGUCAUCGGGGUCACCGGAAUCCGGUGACUUUCCGGCGAUCGAUGGCCGGAAAUAUGAGUGUCAAUAUUGUUCUAGGGAAUUUGCAAAUUCACAAGCUUUAGGUGGACAUCAAAAUGCUCACAAAAAAGAAAGGCAACAAUUGAAACGUGCCCAAAUUCAAGCUAGUAGAAAUGCUUAUAUGAGGAACCCUAUUAUUUCCGCGUUCGCUCCGCCAUCUCACCUCCUCACUCCGCCGGGUACUGUAGUAUACCCGGCGGGGUCAACUCCAUCGUGGGUUUAUGUACCACGCGCUCCACCAUCCUUCCACGUGUCACAUGGAGGGAGGGGGGGCGUAGCGAACUUUCACUAUACCGGUGGUAUAGCGGAGCCAAACUUAACAAGUGUUGGGCCUCAACAUGUUAAGGCCCAUAGUGGUAGAGUAGAUGGAAGUAAUGGGCCAUCAUUGAGUAGUUUCUCUAGACCGGAUUUUGGGCCCAAUUGUGAUGACCCGUUUGAAUUGGAUCUACAUCUAAGCCUUGCGCCAGCGGGGUCAUAGAAAUAUCGUUUACUAGCCACUCGUUUUAUCUAUCUUUGAAAAUAGUUAUCGUCAUAAGUCAUCGUUGAAAUUUCAGGAUAUUUCGAUAAUCUUUGAAAAUUGUCCAAGAUUUUUCGAAUUUCAAUUAUAAGAACUGAAAAGUGGCUAUUUGUGAAUUUAGGUCGGCUCACGGAUUGGCUUGGAUAUAAUCUAUAGGAGAGUAGAAUUAUAAUUUUAUCCUAAAAAUAGGAUCUUGUACAUGUUCAAAUUAUUUAUUUAGGUUUUCAAUAUAUCAAAGAAAAAAAAUUCAUUAUGUG